AGUGCGCAUGCGUCCCGGGCGGCCGUUGGCGUGAGGGAUGGCGGCGGUUGGAAAGUCGGUUGAGCUGCAGCUGUCCGCGGCCUGGAGCCGCCUCAGCACCGGCCUCGUGCCCGCAGCGGCCCUCGGACUGGAAGCUCCUGGUUUGGAAAGCAGUGAUGAAUUUCCAGAGGAUGAGAUGCGUGCUGCCCUGGAAGUUUUGCAGCGUUACAAUUUGCACUUGGUGGUGGUGGAAUGGUUCAUGGAGGUUUUGCAGAUUGACCUUCAGAGGAAGAUUGCACCAGAAUUCUGGGACUUCCUCACACAAAGAGAGAACAUGGUGACAGAACAACAACGUUCAAAACUCCUGUAUGAUGCCUUCUGCAUGGUGGAUAAGCGGCUGGCAUCGUAUCUGUGCAGUCUUAAGCACUUGGAGAUAUGGGAAGAAGCAGGGUUAAUAAACAGUGUAGGGCCUGGAACAUUGAAAGAUAAAGUCUACAACAUGUUUAAAGCUGUGUUGUUCUUCUCCACUACCCAGUCCUUUCAAGAGAUUAUUUAUGAAUUCUAUACACGUGCGUUUAGUAUUUAUGUACACCGAGACAAGAAUCUGCGGAGUGGAGACAGCAUGAGUGAAGAGGAAGAUGAAAGUGCUGUGGAUGAUACGGAAGUGCUACACUGCAUGGGUUGCAAUUCAGAGAAAGACCAGUGCUGGUGUGUCACUGCAGUGGAGCAGUUUACCCAAGUCAAUAAUGUAUUACACUCGUUGAACUUAUUGGAGAGAAUUAGUGCUGACGCCAUCACCACCAUUUUACAUAAAAUGAUAGAAGAGCAUGUUGGCAGACUGUGUCGUGGAGAGUAUGAAAACUCAUUCCUCUCCCAGCUUGAGGAGUGGUUGGAGUCGAAGGUCAUUUGCUGGCUGAGCAUGGUGUUCUUGCAAAAACCUAGCAAAGCAGCAGCUUCCCCGACAAGCAACACGUUACAGCGUUGGAGAAUACACCUACAGUUCUUCCUCUAUCAGGUCUAUGCUAAUAUGAGGAUUGAUGAACUUUUCAGCAUUAUUCGUGACUUCCCAGAAUCUAAGGCAGCUUUGCAAGAUCUGAAAAUAUGCCUUGAAAGGACCAACCAAAGGCAACAGCUGCUAACCUCAUUGAAAACUGCCCUAGAAACCAGGCUUCUCCACCCAGGAGUGAACACGUCUGAUGUAAUAACACUGUAUAUCUCUGCAAUCAAGGCUUUGCGUGAGUUGGACCCAUCCAUGGUUAUUUUGGAAGUGGUUUGUGAGCCAGUCCGCAAGUAUUUAAGAACACGUGAUGAUACUGUGAGACAGAUCGUGGCAGGUUUGACUGACGAUUCAGAAGGGUCCAGUGAUCUGGCAAAUGAGCUAUCCAAAGCAGAUCUCACUUUGGAGCAUGGACAUGACAGUGAUGAUGACAUGUCUGAUCCAGAGGAUUGGGUUCCAGACCCAGUAGAUGCAGAUCCAGGUAAUUCAGGUUCUAAACGAAGAUCUUCUGACAUUAUCACCCUUCUUGUCAGUAUUUAUGGCAGCAAAGAAUUGUUUAUCAAUGAGUACCGCACUCUGUUGGCAGACCGAAUCCUCCAACAUUUCAACUACAACACAUGCAGGGAGAUUCGAAAUCUGGAGCUACUGAAGCUGCGCUUUGGAGAGGCACAGAUGCAUCUCUGUGAGGUGAUGUUAAAGGAUGUGGCAGACUCGCGACGGAUAAACAGCCAUAUUCACGAGGAGGACCAAGACCCUUCAUUGCAUUUGAAUGCCAUGAUCCUGUCUGGUGAAUUCUGGCCAUCUCUGAAAGAAGAGAAACUGGAGCUCCCUACUGAAGUAAAGGAAUCAAUGGAUGCUUACGCCAAGAAGUAUGAGAAAUUAAAAGCAAUGAGGUCACUGAACUGGAAACCUCACCUCGGAAACGCAGACCUGGAAAUUGAGUUGGCAGAUCGAACCUUAUCUGUGACCGUCUCCCCAGUACAUGCUGCCAUCAUUAUGCAUUUCCAGGAGAAGAAUACAUGGACUCUGGAUGAUCUCAGUGAUGUACUUAAAGUUCCUGUCAUUGCCCUGAGGAGGAAAAUUGCCCUCUGGCAGCAGCAGGGUGUUCUGAAAGAGGACCCCACUGACACGUUUACCGUGAUUGAGCAGGAACAGAGAGAUCGGCAGGAAAAAAUGGUUCUGAUUGACAGUGAUGAGGAGGGAGACUCAGCCAUGGCUUCCCAGGCUGAUCAGAAAGAGGAGGAAUUACAGCUUUUUUGGACCUACAUUCAGGGAAUGCUAACCAACCUCGAGAGCCUGGCACUGGAACGUAUUCAUACCAUGCUCAAGAUGUUUGUGAUGACUGGGCCGGUGAUGGCAGAGAUUGAUAUGAAAGAGCUCCAGAUAUUUUUACAGAGGAAAGUACAGGACCAGCAACUAGUUUACUCUGGGGGAGUUUACCGACUUCCAAAGUCCAGCAGCUGAAGAUUGUUAAUGCUAGUUUGCUGCCGAAACAAAGGAUUGGCUAUGUUUGACCUGGCAAGCUCCACCCUUCUCUGUUGUUCGACUGUGAAUGUUGAUAGAAUCAGCAGUGAAAACAAAACUCUUUACAGGGGCAGAAUUUCACAGGUCACCCUCUCGGAAAUAUAUCGGAAUUGCUGUACAGUAUUUAGUGGUAGAAUAGUUUAUUUCUGGUUUAAAGUAAGAUAAAAUGUAUGUUUAAUGCAUAGGUUCUGACUAUUGUAGAGAAAGAUGCUGAUAUUUGAAGAUAAAAAAAAACACAAGAUACUGCAAAUGCUGGAAAUUUCACAGGUCAUCUUGUGUUCCCAGCGACUUCUGUUUUUGUUUUUUGGUAUUUGAUGGUGACUCCCUUAACUUUCCUGCAAGAAUGAGUGGGAAGCUAUUAUUUUAAUAUUCAACUACAAAUGUUAAGAGAUUUGGCUCAACAGAGCUAUUUAUGUGUUAAAUCUUUUUAAUAUGUCAAUUAAAACUUCCAAAGAUUGAUCAAAUUUCUUGAAGGUUUUAUGUAUCAAGAAUGUUAUGGUGUUAGUUUUAUUUUAAAUGUUUUAGUUUUGUUGCAAUAAAAGCUGUUGCUGGUUAGUUGGGAAA